GUGAGGUGUGCCUUAGUCCUCAGGAAAUGUAUUUAGUGGAGUGCAUGGAUUUUAAUCAUUUCUAUCUGUCAGUGUUCUAUCUCAGAUUUACUGUCUGAAGGAUCUAUAUGAAGGGUACAUUUCCAAAGAAGGAAAUCUUCACUGAAAAGAAAUUUUCAACUUGUUUGCAGGAAAUGGCAACAGGAUCAAAGUUUUUGGACAAUGCAAUGAUAGGGGGUUCUCACUCUCUCACUUCCUAUAACCAUCUUCAUGUGUUAAGAAGUGGGGCAAACUCAUCAAUAACAUCAUCUCAACAUCUUCUUUCAUGUUCAAAUUCUACUUCAAUGAAAGAAGAGGUACCUUUAGCCACAUGGAUUAGCCAUAUCCCUGCAAAAUACAAUGGCCCUCAAGACAUAAAAAAUGUUAGAGAGAAAAACCAAUCCAAUUCUAUCUUCCCAGCCUCAGACACAAAAAACAGCUCCAUUCCUCUAAAUCUUUUGGAAACUCUCCCACCAUUGACUAUGGCACCAUGUUUUGAUGAGCCUGUUGCUUCCUUGGCCUCUUCUUCUGCCCCACCCAAUUUUCCAAACUUGACUUUGGUUUUGCAGGAACCCUCCAUGGUGUACUCAUCAUCAUCAUCAAAUAUGAAAAGUGGUGAAGUCAUGUCUGUAACUUCUAACCCCACCUAUCAAGUUCCUCACUUUGGGCAAAACCAGCAUCAAGCAGGUAGUGAUGCACACAAAACGAACAAGAAUCUGAAGUCUUUCAACGAGAAUUGGUUGAGUAGCACUAGGACUCAGCCUAUGAAGUAUGGUGGAAGAGGCAAGCUGUUUAAAGGUGUGAGGCAGAGACACUGGGGGAAAUGGGUUGCUGAGAUUAGAUUACCAAGAAACAGGACAAGGGUUUGGCUAGGGACUUUUGACACAGCUGAAGAUGCUGCCAUUGCAUAUGACACAGCAGCAUACAUACUGAGAGGAGAAUAUGCACAGUUGAACUUCCCAGAUCUCAAGCAUGUAAUCCAGGCCAAUUCUCUGAAUGGAACCACUGCAGCACUUGUGGAAGCAAAACUACAAGCAAUAUCUCAAGGUGUUUCUUCUCACAGGAAGCCUACUGACUCACCAGCAGGCUUAAGCAACAAGCACACUGAUGAGAAUGGCAAAUUGAAAAGUACAAAUGACAAGAAUUCAACCAUGAAAGAGUGGCAGUUUGAUAAUACUGAGAAAAGCAAAAGUAUACACCAUGAGAUAUCAGAUAUGGAAACUGUUCAGUUAAGUAGAAUGCCCUCCUUAGACAUGGACAGCAUUUGGGAUGAACUUUUGGUCUCUAAUUCAUGACCACUUUUUUUUUUUUUUUUUUU